GUUUUCGUUUUGCAGCUGGUCAAAAAUGUCACAGGGAAAGACUCAUCCUAUCAAAACGACUGAAAGUGGAAACUUUGGAAGACGCUGGGACGUUGUUGUCUGCACAGGAAGAAUAUGAAAUGACCGAAAGUGCCACAAAGUUACUCAAGUCUGGCAGGAAGGCGGAUGCCCUGACCACACUCCACAGAGCGCUAGCCAGGGACGAGAGCAAUGCCAAGACGUUCAUAAAACUGGACGGGCUACCUGCGUUGAUCGGCUGUUUCUUCGCCCCUGACUCGGAGAUCCUCCACGCUGCGGCCUGGUGUGCCAUCAAUCUCACGGCUGGCGUGUCGCUGUCACUGAAACGUGUCAAGUUGUUGUCGCCGAUCCUCUUUCAGUUCUUGCAUGGAUCAGACGUAGCGAUGCAGGAAUUGUGUGCUUGGGCCCUUGGGAACAUAGCAGGAGACUCGGCGUCCCACAAGGACCUUCUUGUUCAGCAAGGCUGCGUGCCCGCACUGACAGAAUUAGUUUCAAAG